GGUCAGAAUUCAUUUUCUACCAUGUAAAAUAGUAAUCAUAAGCACAUAAUAAAUUCUACACUUAUAAUAGGUCAUGAACAACAUUCCAUUAUAAAGAAAAAUAAAGAAACCAUCAUUGAAUGAUAAAUGAUGUAUAAUAUGAAGAAAAGAAAAAAUCAAUAUUCAAAAUUUUAUUUCGUAUAUUUACAAAAAUACAAUGGAAAACAACUAAAAUUUAUCUCGUAACUACAUAUAUAACUAAAAGUUGACAUCAUCAUCUUGAUCAUCAUCUUGAUCAUUAUCUUGAUCAUCAUCAUCAAUAAGAUAUUUCUUAAAAAGGAAAACAAUUUUGGGAUUAAUUUUAUCACUACGUGUUUUUUCUUAUUAAAAAAAAUUUUUUUUACUAUGUGGUUAAUCUAAGGAAGAGAAAAAUUAUGGGUUGCGUGAAUACAAAAUCAAUUUUAGAUAAAUCCAUUGAAGAAAUUGAAAAACCUGAAAUUUUAUUGAAAAUUGUAUUAAUAUUUUCACAGGCUGAUAAACAAACUCAAUUAAUGGUUGAUGCAGCUCAACAAUUAAAACAUAAUUGUACAUUGAUCAAUACAAUUAAACAGGGUACAACAACAAAGGAUAUAGAUAAGAUUAUUAAUGAAAAGCUUAUUGAUGUACAACAGAUUAUUGAUAUGGUUGUACUGGAUAUUCGUAAGCUGAAGCCGAACCGGUCUUUUAGUAUGUCCGGUACCAAAUCAUCACAAUCCCCAGAAAUUAAUAUCAGUAAUAAUAACAUUAGUUCAUCAUUGAGCAACUGGUGUAAACAACUUAGAAGUUAUUCACCGACAAAAGAUUCAGUUAUUGUAGGAUUAUUGAGUCGGAAAUGCUCUUCUGAUCAAAGAAAAAUACUCAUGAAUAAAGCUCUAAAAUCUGGUUGUAAUAAGUGUAUUUUUGAAGCAACAACUGUAGAUGAUUUUUGUGAAGAAUUAAAAAAUUUUGCUAAUAAUGAAUGGAAAUUAUUAAAUCAAUUAAGAAAUUUCAUUUGUACUAACAAUAUUACUACCAAUACAACAACAACAACUAGUACUAGUAGUAGUAGUACUACCACUACUACUUUUACCACAAAUAACAAUAAUAAUACAGUAACAACAAAAACAAUUAACAUUUUUACUACCCCUAAUAGUAAUGAAAACAUUGUAGAAUCUGAAAACAUUCAAUCAAAUACAGAAUUAAAUGAGAUUUUCCCAAAAGAUGAGUAUAGAUUUCAAAUGAAAUCAGAGACUAGACAGCCGACAAUUAAAGAGUCCGUAGAUAAUGAAAUAGCAUCAACGGAUGAACUGAAAGUCAAUGUUAUUGAUUCAGUCACUGUGCUACAUGAGCAAGGAAAGAAAUUUAGAGAAUUUAUCUCCGUACGAAAAACUAGAAACUCAGAUACAAACAAUAUUGUUGGUUUAAGUGCGUUAUUACAUUCUAGAUGUCCGGACUUUUCGUCACCAAUGUGUAAAGUAAUUGGAAUUUUGAACUCUGCACGUGUUCGCAGUCCAUUACCAGUAGCAAAAGAUUUACAAAAAGCUAUUAAUUUAAUAUGUAGUUCAAAUGUAUUUGUUGAUCAAAUAAUGAAACCAUUAAGUCGAACAAAUGAUCCUAUCACAGCAGAUCUAAUUGAAGGUUUGAUUACUGGAUCAAACCUAGCUAGAGAACCAGAGAACUUACUCAAACUUCGAUCUUUGGCUAAAUCUCUAAAAGGAUCCGAAAAUGUUACAACAACACUGUCAACUUUACAAAAUAGUCCAGAAAUUGAAACUUGCCUAUCAAAUUUUGAUAAAUGGGACUUCAACAUAUUUGAUCUUGAACGGUUAACCAGUAAAAAACCUCUCACUUAUUUAGGCAUGAAGAUAUUGGACAGUUUCAAUGCUCUUAGUGUACUACGUGUACCUAGUCAAAUUUUAGUCGGUUGGUUAACAGUAAUUGAAGAACAUUAUCAUGUGGAUAAUCCAUACCAUAAUGCUACACAUGCAGGUGAUGUUCUACAAGCAUCAGCUUACUUUCUACAACAUAGUUUAAUAAGAUCAAUUUGCACAAAUAUCGAUGAAGUUGCUACACUUUUAGCCGCGAUAGUACAUGAUGUAGACCACCCGGGGAAAACAAAUCCAUUUCUUGUGAAUAGUAAUGAUCCAUUAGCUAUUCUAUACAAUGAUAUUGCUGUAUUAGAAAGUCAUCAUGCGGCUGUUUCAUUUGAAUUAACCCUCCGAUCACCUGACAUCAAUAUUUUUCAGAAUUUGACACGUGAAGAAUAUCGUACAAUACGUAGCUAUAUUGUUGAUAUGGUAUUAUCUACUGAAAUGGUACGACAUUUUGAUAUUGUUACAAAAUUUGUAAACACAUUAAGUAAACCAAUGCUUGCAAAGAAUCGUCACCAUGAUCGUUCAUCUGUCGGUAGUAUGAGUUCUAUGGAAUCGUGUUCUAUGGGAAUGACAAUGUCUCAUUCUACUUCACCAAGCCCUGGACAAGAACGUAUAUCUAGUACACUAGAAAACUUAUCAACUGCAGAAAAUAGAACAUUAAUUAAACGUUUAAUUAUUAAAUGUUCCGAUGUUAAUAAUCCUACAAGACCAUUAUCUAUAUGUAAAGAAUGGGCAACAAGAAUAGCGGAAGAAUACUUUUGUCAAACGGAAGAAGAGAAACGACGCAAUUUGCCUAUUGUUAUGCCAAAUUUUGAUCGACAAACUUGUAAUAUUUCUCAAUCACAGUUAUCAUUUAUUGAUUUCUUUUUAAAAGGAAUGUUUUCAGGAUUUGACUGUGUUUUUCCAAUCCCUGAACUAAUGAGUAAUCUAGAAAGUAAUACAGCUUAUUGGGCCAAUAAUAUUGAAAAAGAGAAAAAAACACAUGUAACUUAUCAAACAGAAACAAAAUCAAUAUCUGUUCACCAGGAUUAAACCUUAUUUUAUUUUAUUUUUUGUUUUUUGUUUUUGUUUGUUUUCGGUUUUAUAUUUAUUUUUCAAUACUUCACAUUUAUUUGUUCCUUUGUUACCAGGUUAGAAAUAAAUUAAUGUAAGCAUAUUAAAUAUACAUAUUAGGUCAUACACACAUACAUAGAUAUGCAUGUAUGCAUAUACAUCAAAUCUAUCUAUCUAUCUAUAUCUGUCCUAUUCUAUCCUUUCCUGUCCUAUCCUACUCUAUCCUAUCCUAUCCUGUCCUGUCCUAUCCUAUCUAUCCAUCAAUCAAUCAAUUAAUGAAUCCAUGUAUCUAUCACAUUGAUAUAGAAGAAAGAAUAAUCUAACAGAAUCAUAUCGGUUGUUUACUCAUCCACUAUUAAUAUUGUUGUGGUUAUUGUUUUUAAUUGGAUUCAAUUAGUCAGUUCCAACUGAAUACUCAUUCAUUAGUUAAUUCUGUACAAACUAUACACAGUGUACUUGAAAACGAAGAAAAACAAACAAACAAUAAAAUGGAAAAUAAACAAAACAGUCUAGAAUUUUUGUUGAAAAUUCUUCUGAGUAAUUUUUUUUCUAAAAAUUGUUCAUUCUUUUUUCUUUUCUUUUUUUCUUGUUUUUCUCUUUUUUUGGUUUUGUAUGAUAAAUAAUUGUUCAGUUGUUAAAUUCUUCGAAAUCGUUCAAUAGAAUCAUCAUCUAAUUCUAGAUCCAUCUUCAUGAUAUUCAUAUUGAUAUUGUCACUUGUCAUUCUAUUCAUUUUUAAUGACGUCUUUUUUGUUUUCUCUUUUUUUUAAUAAGAUGCCAAAUUAUGUUGAUAGAGAAGAUUUUGGUUGUUGUACAAGUAUGCUUAUAAUUACAUAAUGACAUCAUCACUA